AUGGAUGAAUUAAUUCCUAAACUAAAAGAAGAGGAAAUUUUGGAGGAAAUAAAUGAAACAAAUUCUGAUAAUAAUAACAAAGAAAAUCAACUAUUUUCUUCUUUAUUUGUAAAAGUUGAGAACAAUCAGAAUGGCCAAAAAAUAAAUAAUGUGCCGAAUUUAAAAGCGGCUUUAGAGCAAUUAUUAAGAAAUGCACAGGGGAGGAAAUUGAGACAAAAAACGAGAAGAAUGUUGAGACAAAGCAAUCCAAAUAUUGUUUUGCCUAAUUUAAAUGAUAAGGAAAUAAUUGAUUUGGCUAAUAUUAAUGAUAAAACAAGCACUAAAAGGGAAGGAAAAGUUGGAAUAUUUUCUACAAAUCCAUUUAUAAGAAAUCAACAUCCUUCAAGCAAACCAUGGAUGAGAGGAUUUUGA